AUGGGCGAUUUACGCAAAAAAAAGUCUCUACAGAAUAUUCACUUUCCAAAGCCUAAUCAUUUGGAUGCUAGAAUAGGUUCCUUUGUGAAGCGCAACCCGUUCUAUGAAGAGAGACUUCCCCCAUUAAAAGUAUGUGCCCAUGAAAAUCAAGAACAAGAUUCUCUGCUAAAAGAGCUUAAUAUAAUCCUUACUCCGUAAUAUCUUUUAAUUCAGAUUUUUUUUAUGAAUUGCAAUAACUUGUUGUCGCUUUAUUUAAAUAGCAUUUAUGAAAAUUUUAAUAUUAAGCCUUCAUAUUGUGCUAACUUUAUUAGCGGAAUACAGCUAAAAAAAUGGUAGAGAUAAUAUUAUUUAUUUUUUUAAAAAAAAUUAAUAUAUCUGAAAUGAUUUAAGUAUAAAAAUAGGUCCUUACUGGCAAUUAUUUAUUAAUUUUUAUCUAGAAUAAAGUAGCACCAGAGAUUCAGCAAGCCAUCAAUGCCUUUACCGAAACUUUGAAAGAAAUCUCCAUCCCCUGGUUUUGUUCAAAAACAUCAAAUUGAGCGCCCUCCAAGUCUAAAGAUGAAUCCUAUAGUUCUUGACGAAAAAUUCCAAGAAUUAAAUUCUUCUAUGAGCACUUGUGGAAGUUCUAAAAAUUCCAGUUUUGAGAAUUUGCUGUAA